CUCUAUUUUGUCUGCGUCUAUCAUGCUUCUGGCUUUGCUCUCUGUAAAAUAAGAUUAUGUGGUGGAUAUGAUAGGGGUAUGAGCCAUAGAGCUCUCUCCCAGUCCAUCCACGAGGAGGGCAUAACGCGUAUUUGUCGGCUCAGAUGCAGCAGCAGCAGCAGCAGCAGCAUCCUCUCAAAAAGCAGCGCUUUCAGCUGAGCCAGUCAGUGAAUCUCAGCCCUCCGUGCAGACAGGAUGCAGCUGUCCGAGCAGAACUGACUCUGUAAAGGUGAAAGAGAGUGAAGCUAAAAACUCUCUCUGAUCUCUUUGUUUCUUUUUUUUUUCUCCCCCCAUUUCAUCGGAGUGGUCGGAGCAGAUGCAGCUUCACGGCGGCUUCAGAAGUUGGACAGCCACAGAUUUGCAUGCCAUGACUCUUGAAUCUGGACAUUCCCAAUGCAGCGCAGCGCAGACGGCGUGGAUCAUUUUAAAAGCCAUUUCGUCUGUCCACAUCACGCGUGUCAGGAGGGUGAUCAUCAUGUGGCGCUUUAAAUAAUAAUAAUUAAAACAAAAAGAAAUGAAGGAAUACUGAUUUCCGUCCGAACAGCCUCCGGGUGAUACCUCUUAUUUACAGUAAUGGAAUGAAGUCACUAUCCUGAGAUAUAAUGGAUGAGAGAUCCAGCAAGCUCAUCUUGGUUCCCAUCUUGGCAGUCCUUUUUGUUAUGAUAGGUUAUCAGUACAUUUGUCCAGCGGGCAGCAAUUCGUGCCACUUUAAGUCCGAGGAGAGACUCAGAGGGGUGAGCCUGCUUUCUUCCCCGUAUCAGGACGCCGAUUACUUCUACAGAGAUUCCGACCUGGACGAUGACGGUCCGCCGAAGCUGGCGUCCAAAUUUAACUUCACCGAGAGAGACCUGGACAGACACGUGGAGUUCAACAUCAAAGGGGACGACGUGAUCGUGUUCCUGCACAUCCAGAAAACCGGCGGCACCACUUUCGGCAGGCAUCUGGUGAGGAAUAUUCGCUUGGAGCAGCCGUGCGACUGCAAGCCCGGCCAGAAGAAGUGCACCUGCCACCGGCCGGGCAAAGAGGAGUCCUGGCUCUUCUCCCGGUUCUCCACGGGCUGGAGCUGCGGGCUGCACGCGGACUGGACCGAGCUGACGAACUGCGUUCCGGUCGUAAUGGAUAAGAAGGAGGCCCAGAGGAAUAAAAGGAACUUCUACUACAUCACCAUGCUGCGAGACCCAGUCUCCCGCUACCUGAGUGAGUGGAAACAUGUCCAGAGAGGAGCCACGUGGAAGACGGCUCUCCAUAUGUGCGAUGGACGCUCACCCACCCAGGACGAGCUGCCCACCUGCUACAGCGGUGACGACUGGUCCGGUGUCACUCUGAAAGACUUCAUGAACUGUCAGUCAAACCUGGCCAACAACCGCCAAGUCCGCAUGCUGGCUGACCUGAGCCUGGUGGGCUGCUACAACAUGUCCUCAAUGAACGAGAGCCAGCGCAACCACAUCCUUUUGAGCAGCGCCAUGAGCAACCUGAAGAACAUGGCUUUCUACGGUCUGACUGAGUUCCAGCGCAAGACGCAGUACCUGUUUGAGCGGACGUUCAGCCUGCGCUUCAUCUCCGCCUUCACGCAAAUCAACAGCACGCGGGCGGCCAACGUGGACCUGAGUGAGGCCGUGCGCAGGCGCAUCGAGGAGCUCAACUUCCUGGAUGUUCAGCUGUACGAGUAUGCAAAGGACCUGUUCCUCCAGCGGUUCCAGUACACCCGGCAGAGGGAGCACCAAGAGGUGCGAUUGAAGAGGCGCGAGGAGAGACGCUGGUUGAGGGAGCAAAGGGACCAGGGCAGACCAUGGCCGUCCAAACACAAAGGAAGCGGGAAGGGAGAUGGAGACGUAUUUGAGAAGGAAACUGAAAACGAGCUGCCCACCACCACUGAGGACUAUACAAGCCAAGUGGCACGUUGGUGAGGCUUCAUCUAACAGAGAGCUGAAACAGACUCUCUUGUACAUCUUAAGAGUCUCUUUGUUCUUCACCAUUGUUCUGUCUUAUGCAUUUAUCUAUUUGUUUGGUAUGGAAGCUUUGUUUCUUUUAGAAAAAAAAAAAGCAUUCUUUUUGUCUCUGAGAGCCUUUAGUGUCUUAAAUUUAUAAAAGCUGUUCAUAAAUUGUCUCAUUUAACUACUGCCUUAGUUUUACAUUGCAAAAUGAUAGGGUAAACAAAAAGCAAAUCCUGACUGCAAUGAUUUUAAUAUCCACAAAUAUGUUUGAAGUUAUUAUUGGUGUUCAGACUGUUUUCACUCCAGUGACUUUAUAUUUUUGGGUAAGAGUUCCAGACAUCAUAAAUACGUGGAGAGGGCAGCCUUGAGCAUGAGUUUUUAAUGCAUUACAAACACAAAGUGGAAUAUUUGAAUUUAUCAGAGAGCAGCAGAGCAUUUCUUGAAUCUGAUCUUCACUGCCCAGAUUUGUCCUAACAACUCGACCAACAGUUGAAAUUUAACAGUAAGCUGGUAGAUAGAAAGGGGUGAGGGAAAUUGCAGCUCAAGUUGGGUCUGUAUGUGGCUUUCUCUUUGAACUGCUUCACAAGUAAUGCAUUGCCCAUAAAAAAAAGAUAGCAGUACUCAUUAUAAUUUAGAACACUCAAGGAAAUUGGAAUAUUUUCAACAAUACAAAUGUCAGAAAUCAGAGAUGUCCUGAUCUGGGCAUUUUCAUUUGACAGGUAUCAGAGCUUGUGACUGAACUCAGCUAGUAAAUACUGCCUAUGAUUUUGUCAGCCCUAAGCGAACCCUCCAGCAGCAAUUUUCAGAAGUUUCUUUUGAAAUUUAUGCUCUCCUUUUUAUGUGCACGGCUUGCAAAGCUUUAAUAUAUGCUAUCCACAUUGUUUUUAUUCUAAGCAAAUUUGAGUUUUCCUUACUAAUGUAGGUCGGUUUUGCCCCCCACAAUGAGUUUCAGAGUGAAUGACAGAAUAUGCGGGCCACUGCAGCUUCCUGUUUCUCUGGUCCUGACCUACAUGUGUGCUCAGCUGUCGGGGCAAACAAAAAAAAAAACCUUGGCGAACUAGUCUUUUAAUUUCAUGACCCUCAAAGGAAAAUGAGAGUUAAUGAAAAAAUAUAACUUUUUCAGUCCUUUUGUCCAUUUUUGCCUCAUGAUUAAUAGAAUCUGCAUUGAAAUUUUAUGAGUUAUAUCAAAGCAGAGUAAACAUGCUAGUAUAAGCCUAAACGUUCAGCAAACUGCUGCACACGCACAUUUAAAGGCGGAAGAUUAUAAUUGGUGAGCUAGUUAAGUAGGAUACAAUCAUAUUGCUAAUGUAAUACUGAUGAUAUGUAGUGCUGCGCGUUGGUCCUUCAACCCUUUUCUAUCUUGCACCUGUGUAUCUUUGGUUAUGUUUUUCUGGAUGCAAAAUAUACUGAACCAACACUUUGACAGGGGACCAUAAAGUAAAAGCUACUGAGUUUUUGAGAAAAUCCAUGGCUUUCACAAGCUGCAGUCUAGACUAGGUGCCCACUGACUAGGUAUGAGCAAAUGCCUAUUCUUACAUGACUUCUCAUUUUGGCAGCAAAUAAAAAUCCUGAUCAGGACAUUGAUAACAGAAAUCCUAUUUUAUUUGAAAGUCUUAAAGGCCGUGCAUGGACAGGUUGACAUGCUAAACUCAGUUCUCAAUGCAGCGUCAUUUUGUCCUCAGCCUCAUGUCGUCCAUUAUUUGUCACAACCGCCCUGACAAAUCUUUCACCCCCUAACUAUUGUGUGAUAGGUCAGAAUUUUAUGGUUGUGUUUGUUUAUGAAACCAGUUCCAAAUAUUCACCGUCCUAAAGCAGAAUUUCAGUCAGAGAGAAGAAUGGAUAGUUGACAGAAGCAAUUGUCACAGACAGUGGGAAAGUAUGUACUGAAACAUAUUCCAGGCAGAGUUUAGUGACCGAAACACUAAACUCCCCCUGCUCAGUUUUCAGGUCCAUCGCAGCCGGCGAACAUCCCAGCGAUGCCUUCUGUUCUUCUUUAGCUUUUGACAUAAUGGACAAUAAAAUUAUUAUUUCAUCCACUUCUGUUUACUUUACUGUUUCUAACCAGACAUACGACAAAACACCAGGACGUGUAGCUGAUGCAGCGGGAGGGGUAUCACAGGAGCUCAUUUCAGUGUAUCUUGUGGAUCUUGAAUGGUCUCUGUGAAAAACGGAUGUCCCACCUUCACAGAUGUUAACCAUGUGACCGGACUUUGACUGUUUGACCAUAGUGGGCCCUUUAAUUAAAUAACAGAUGUUUGCGUGUCACAGAAACACAGUAUAUUUAGAACUGCAGAGAGUUUCAGAAUAUAAAUUUUGCACUUUAAUAAGCUCUGGCUGAUUUGAUAAAAAUCUCAGUUGAGUCCCUGAAACCAACAUGUCUUUCUUGAAUAAUUUUCUGACCACCAGUAGUGGAUCUUUUUGAAUUUGGAAAUCCUAACUCCAAAAUGGACAUCUUUCUGAUAUUUCUUUCUUAUACUUUGUUUAGUGAGAGGCAUAAAAAGGCUCUUUCAGGGACCUGAUCCAAGUUCUGUCUCCCAAAAUAUUGCCCAUUUUCAUCUACUUGCAGAAAAGCCAAACUAAACAACUCAGACAAAAGAUGUACUGUUUUGAGUCUAAUGUUUUUUUUUUAAAAGACAAUAUUGUUUGCAUGUACCCAACUAAACCAAAUUAUUCAAAAAUGUGUAUGCAAAUUUUUUUGCUGUUUUCAAACAGUUUUCUAAUACGCAGUCUGUGGUAUCUUACUUACAGAAUAACUUCUGUCUGGUCCAUGCAUGUUUUUGUAAUUUGAUGUUCACUAUGAAUGCAGGAAUGACUCUUAUUGAAUCAUUCAGGGUCAUAAACAAAACAAAACAAAACAAUCAAAAAAAAAAACAACCCUACCUGUAAAAAUGGUAGAGGUUUUUUCAACCUUGGGCUCACAAUUUAGUAAAACUGACAUUUUUUUAAAGCACUUAUGCUCAUCCCAAUUUAUCUACAGUUUACAUUAGCAUUUUUCUUCUGGUCCAUCUGGUUAUUUUGUGGUUAAUAAGAAAUUGGACUACUUUUGAGAGAUACAGAAGAAACCUCCAAUAGCCACAGUGUACAUUCAUUGAUGGCCAGAAAAAUGGAGCAAAAAAUCUGCCUUAAUUAAUUAAUUAAAUUAUUUUUUUGGCAUAUUUGUUUUUAACAUCUACACAUAUAAGAAAAAUUAAACCAAAUUUAAAUGUGUACCUGUUUUUGAUCACUAAAUAAUAAACAUGUGCUUCAUUUUGUUGUAUUUUGGAUUUUGAAGUUAAAAUAAUAUGAACACUUUUGGCAAGAGCAUCCAGUUGCCAAGAAAUGCACAGAUCUAUUCUCUACCUGUAACUUUUGUCAAGCGUUGUAUUUGUUGUGAAAAAGAAAAAAAAAAAGAAGCAAUUAAAUGGUACAAGAGUGGUAAGCUGGUUGUUUUUGGCAGAGUUGAUAGGUAUUUGAUAAACAAUGAAUGUGAUGAGUUGGGUAAAUGUUGGUGGUAUGUGGCCUGACUGGGAAUGAGAUGAUCAGUAUUCAGUUGUCAUGCCCCUCCCCUGUCACACUGGCUGCUUCUUACAUAUUUGUAGAGCUGACGGCGUCUGUGCUGUGGGCACCGAGAUCGCUCUGAUGGCAGCAGAAAGUCAGAACUCAAAGACAAAGCCUGAGAGAAGAUGGUUGAAGAAAAUAAAACAUUUCUGUCACUUCUCUGUGCCUGAUAGUUUUCCGGGCCCUCAAAGCUUGUUUUUUAUCUGCUUUAAAAGGCUUUAGUGGCCUUUGUUCUUUUAUGUGUCUUAUCUCAUGCUCACUCACAGCUCAUGCAUAUAAAAUUAAAUGUAUGCUAAAUGUCAGCUCAGAUAUCUGCUGCUAUUAUGUUAAUGCAAUUUGUCACGUUUUUUUUUUUUCCUGAUUGCACUUUCUCAUGAAAUACCUCAUGUUGCACCGUUUUGCUUAAUCUCGCUCCAUCUUGUCUGAAUGAUUCAUCGAGUCGUUGCAGAGCAUGUGUUGAAUGAAUAUUUUGUCAGCUAAUGGGAAGGCAUACAUGUAUAUGCACCUGCUGGUAUGGAAGCACUUACAUCAGUAGCGGGUAAAAAGAGGAGGAAGUUUAUUGCACAUUCUGAAUACUCACUCAAGUGUUUCAAGUGCCGCUCACAACAUUAUAGGACAGUUCUGUGCAUGAAGAAUUCAUGCCAUUUUUAAUGUGGCAACAGAAGAAUAAUUCAAGAACAUCCCUUCAAGAGCUAUUUUAUAUUUUAGAAUGCUUUCCCACUUUCUCCCAAAACAACAAUAGGCUUUCCUCUCCUCUCAGAAACUCAGAGGCAUUAUUCUUUUGAGAUAGAUUUUAAAUAUUUCUAUUAGUGUAACUCAGCAGGAUACGGACUUGUUUUCCUGUCUUUGAAAAAAUAGGAGAAUUUAUCUCUGCAAAAAACAGUCAAAGGAGUUUAUUUCUUUCUUUUUUGGUAAAAUUAUUACUUUAAAACUUUAAAGCUUCACUGUGCAGAAUCUAGCGCUAUCUUGUGGUUGACCUGCAGGGGAAUAUUUUGUUGCCCGAGUGCGGAUAAAGUUGUCUACAUGUCCAAGUGCAAUAAUGUUGGAAAAGAAAGUGGACAAAAGUUACAAUUUCUGGAGCAUGUCUGAUUUGUUCACAUGGUGCUACAGAAAAGCAUGACAAUGCAGGACUAACAGGAGAUAGACUGAGUCAAAAUCACAUGUUCUGCCAGUUAAAACAUUUGUGAAGACUGAUAAUCAGCAGUCCACCACUUGUGAAUUUUCCCUCCAAAUUCAUAUUAUUCUACAUGUGAUGUAUUGUUCUGGAGUUUACAGAUAGUCUUAAUUUGAUAAAAUGAGCUUACUGAGGUCAACAUAUGUGGGAAUCACCUUACUGAGGAAAAGUUAUGAUAUCUUUGAUGAUACUUUGGCUGAAAUAAUUUGACUCUUUCUCUGACAUCAGUCUGAGAAAGGUUUGACACACUCCUUUCUUUCAGCUGUGUCAGAGUGCAUAACAUAUUUCAAGUUUGGGUCUUUGUCUAUAUUCUCUCUGAUAAAGCCUCAGCCUCGCCUUCAUGUUUUUCUUAGAGAGCAAAUGUUUCCUCACUUUACAUCCCACGAACGUUAAAUUGAUAAUGUCUCAUUUUGAUUCUACACGUAUCCACUUUCAUAGAAACAUGAGUGAGAGUCUUCUGUAGGUCUUGUUAUAAUAUUUUUGAAAACAUGUAUUUUGGCAUCUUCCAGUCUGAACUUGCUCUGAUAACCGAACCUCUGCAUGUUGGCAGUCGUUUUCAUUGUCUUCACUUGCCGAAAGUUUCAUAGGGAAGUCACGUAACAACAGAACACAACAUAGUAAAAACCAAAACCUACAUUUAUCUCCAAAAGGUUUUAACAAAAACUUGGGCAGAUAUAUUUAAAAAAGCUGCCAUUGUCUAAUGGAAACUUUUAACGAUUAUCAACAAGUCCGGACAGCUAUUGCUCCAGACUACUUUAAUAAUUGUAAAGAAAAUCUGCUUCCUUUAAAUAAAUUAAGUGUGUAAAGAAGCUGCUCAAAAUUCUUACACAGGACUGUAGUUCUGUUUUUGUUUGUGUCAGGCAGUUUGUGGGGCUCUUGGCUUACUUUCUGCCAAAACGACAUGCAGCCUUUCUGGCAUAACGCCUCAAGGACAUCCUCCUCAAGCAGCCAGUCAGAAUGACAUUUUAUUAGUCUGUGAUUAUUUUUGCUUGCAGGAAGCUGAUGGUUGAUAAGCAAGGAAUCAAUUUUUGCCAAUGGAUCCCUGAUGCUCCCACACAUCGUGCAUAUAUGUAUAUAAGUGUGUUCAUGGGAAACAAAACCUAAAAAUGAAAACAAUCAGUUGAUAAACAUUUCGUGUCUUUUAUACAAGAUAUUGUUUCUGUUACCAUCAUAAAACCACAGCAUGAUGUUGAAUUUGGUGUAUGUCACUUCCGUGGCUUCUACAAAUUAUACCUUGAACGAUUUCGUUUAAUAAGAGAAAUGUAAGUCACAAAAUGAUGUAAAUAAAGUCCUAAAGACAAGCAGAUGUGAGACAUGUCACUCUGCAGGGAGGGUUUAAUGAAGUUGUACUGCCAUGCCAUGAAAGCGAAUCUCCCUGAUGGUCUGAUUUAUCUGUUUAAUUUAAAGGAUUUAACUGCUGCUGAGGAAUGGCUUUGUCUGACUGUAAUUGGUUACAUCUCAAGAGAGAUUUCUCUCUGUUUUAUCUGUACAUAA